CGCUCGCUCCUACUGGAAACUGUUUGAGUUGUUUACCAUUACAUGAAUGGAUAUAAAUAUUACCAUUAAUCGAAGUCAGUCUAUACAUUCUCGGAUAUAUUAACAUUUUGUGAUUUCGGAAUAUAUGUGGAUAUAUUUUAUCUUAAUAUAAGGCGAAAACUCGAAAUCGAUUUCCAUUGAAAUAGUACAUAAAAUAUAACAAGGAAGGCAGAAAACAAAAAGCAAGAGGGAGAAUAACCAAAUCUGGUAUAUUAUUGAAUAAUUAUUUAUAAAACUAUUACACAACGUAAACAAGAAGAAACAAAAUCCGUAUACACUUUUUAAUUUAUUAUAAACGGCUCUAUUUAUUAUAUAAUAUCCCAACUGUCUACGGAAGUAAUCAAGGUGUUCAUCAGUAAUGUGUGAUUUACCCGCUUUCCACGGAGCUCCUCAGGUUGAUUCCAAGACUGAAUAAGCCUCGCAAGUUAUGGAUGUCCCAAGACAGAAGUGAGAGUGAAUUGACCAACACAAGUGGAAAACCAUGCUGGGUAAUGGUUACCCAGUGAAAAGUUAUAGUUUUGGAUAUGAAAAUUCUGAAGUUCACUUUGGCUAUCCUGCUUUGCCAGAAGAUUGUAACAGAAUGAUAUGCUUGUGACCAAUCGAAGGCACUCUUGGGUGCUGGUGUGGAGUCGUGGAUACUGCUGGAACCAUUUAUGCAAGACUGGACAAUGGCCUAGCUGACAAAAGCCUUUGUGUGUGUCUUAACAGACUGGCCCUAACAUAAAAAGAAGAAAAAAAACUUUAAAAAAAAGUAGAAAAAAAAGAAACAAAAACCUAUAAGUCAAGAAUUUCAACCCUUAGUUACACAACCAACAAGAACUAAAACACACCAACUACCACAAAACAAAACAAAAUAAAUUGCUUCAUAUAUAUAUAUUUGUAUAUAUAUACAAAAAAAAAAUAUAUAUAUAUACACACAUGAUAAACCCAGACCGGUAAAUUCCUAAGCUAUUGGCUUUAAUGAUAAACUAUACAAGAAUGCAGUGAAAAGAAACAGACAAGAAUAACAAAGAUUGUUCAUUCUUGUGGCUGAUGAAUUAAAUUGGGUAGAGUUUGAAGAUAAAGGGUUGAAAGAAUAAUUUGAAACAAUUAAACAUAUAAGGUUUUAUGGCCAGAUCUGAGAUUUUCAUGUGGUUUUUCCAAAGUCACACAUUAUGAUGGUGAAUAUCCUACAAGGGAUUAUCCUAGCACUGACAUAUUCUAUACAUCUAAGCAAUGCCGUAAAUCCAGCAAAGGAAAAUUGCUUAACUUAUGAAAGCAACUAUCCAAAAACCAGAGCAUGCGAAUGUGUGGUUUACCAGAGCUAUGGUAAUUCUAGAGGAAAAUUCACUUCACCCAACUUCCCGGAGACAUACCCUAGAAACAUUAAUUGCAUUUUAUAUACCUUCAUCGGUGACUUAGGAGAAAUCAUCGAACUAUCAUUUUUGGAGUUUGAUUUAAAAAUGCCAGGUCAAGACAGACUCCUCAGUAUAUCGCGGGUUUCUGCAGCCAAUAGGUGUACAGACUUUUUAAAAUUCUUCUUGGAUCUCGAUCGAGCAGAAGUGAACCAAUACAGUAGCUGGAAUUAUGAAGUGUGUGGCAACAUUAGCACCAUACAAAAGAAACAUUAUUCAUCUGGACGCAGUCUCAUCUUAGAAUUUCAUUCUGAUACGGGCCCUGGAAAUUACACUGGAUUUCGAGGAAUAUUCCAGUUUUUAGACAAAAAUUCUUAUUUACAGAGGUCAUCAGUCAGUCAGACAGCUGGUCGUGAAAUAAUGGUUCAUGAAGGCAAAUUUGUAACGAAUGGUGUCCGGGAUCCAGGCACUCCUUGUACAUACUCUUAUAUCAGUACAAAUUCUACGAAAACUGGGGGAUUAUUCUCUCCUAGAUACCCCCAGAAUUAUCCACCAGGAGCCAGUUGUCAGUUUAUUUUUGAAGGAUUACCAGGAGAGAAAGUUAAGGUAGAAUUUGAAAACAUUCAGCUUCACCAUGUUGAUAAAAGGUACCAGAUCGGAACAAAGUGUCCUAUUGAAGUGGCAGAUGGAUUAUCCACAGACACUAGGACCAAUCCAAGUUGUGAUGAAAGUUAUGAUGCCAUUCUAGUACAUGAUGGUAUCGACAAAUCAGCCAAUGUUAUCGGAAUUUUUUGUGAUGUCCACAACACCCAAGUUGUAAAAUCUAGUGGGCGCUACAUGUAUAUUGAUUUCUACUCAGAUGAUAAAGAUGAAAGACAGGGUUUUGCAGCCAAAUACACAUUUUUUACUGAGCACCAGACAACCGCAGACUCAAGAACUACACCAUCUACAGGUAUGAAAAAUUCAAAUGCAGAGUCAGUCAUUGAAAAAACUAAAAUGCGUGAUGUAAACGCUGCAGCAACAGAAAUUUUGGUCCCUUCAAUGGAUCCAACCAAUUCAAAUGCUUCCACCAAUUGUAACCGGCAUAUCAGCAGUGCUGAUGGGAAAAACGGUACCAUAACCAGUCCAAAUUAUCCAAAUCCAUACCCAGGGGAUAUUACAUGUCGUUUUACUUUUGAGGGUUCUGGACCCGAGAGAGUACAACUGCGUUUCACACACAUGGAUCUAUACUUUCCAGGUGGUAAUGCUGCAAAACCUCACGAUUGCCAGGCAGCAGAUUCAGUUACCAUAACAAUAUAUAUAAAUGGUGAGCCUACAGAUUUAGAUACAAAAUGUGGAAGAGAAUUGCCACCAAUGUACAUGUCCAAUGAACACAGAAUGACAGUUGUGUUUAGAAGUCUAACAUAUUCACACACAGUCACGGGGUUCCAGGCAGAUUAUGCAUUUGUCAGAAAUUUUGGCAUUAGCACGGGUGAACCUGAUUCUAGAUAUUUAUGUGGGUUCAACUAUAAGAGUAUUUUAGCAUCUUCUGGGUUUUUCACUUCACCAAAUUAUCCAGGAAAAUACCCAAGAAUAACGGAAUGUCACUAUCUGUUUUAUGGUCAGAAAGGUGAAAAAGUAAUAAUUGACUUCACAAAAUUUGAAGUUGAUGGUGUUAAACCAAACUGUGACGAAGAACAUAAAAGUGAUUAUGUUUCUUUCUCUAACUUCUUCACCACACAAGAUAGAAAAAUGGAUCGGUUCUGUGGUUUGAGAACGGGGAAGAAUAAUACGGUCAAGUCCGAUGGCGAAUUUUUCAAAGUCACAUUCAAAUCUAAUGGCAUCUAUGAUGCCCUUGGUUUCAUGGCAAAAUAUAGAUUUGUACAAACAAACAAUAAACAGUCACCAGAUGUACCUAAAACAAGUAAAGCCCCAAGAACAUACACUAUUGGUGGUGAUAGCUGUUCUUUAUAUGAACACAGCCAACAAUGGACGAGUAUCUUAUGUCUACUUGUAUUUUUUCUGUUGUGACCGUUUUAAUGCCACCUGCUUUGGAUGUCAAAGAAAAAAAUAUAUACAAAUAUUGAACUAAUCAGCUGCAUGCUUCACAGAGUUCUGAUCCAUAUUACCUACCCACAACCAUCAGAAUAAUAUGUAGGCCUCAAAGAGGCUUACAUGCUCUAUAAUCUCCUACCCAACAACUAUCAUCAGAAAUAAGAUAGGUUAUGAGGGGUUUUCCUCUAUGAUCUUAUAUAUUGUCCAAAUCCAUAGAAAUGAAAUACUAAUUUACAGAAGAAAGGAAAAAUUUAUAUACACAUACACGUAUAUGCAUGCAUGUAUAUACACACACAUAUAUAUAUAUACAGAUAUAUAUGCAUGUAUAUAAACAUGUAUAUACAGACAUAUACAUACACAUAUAUUACAUAUAUAUCCUUGUGUUUUGUUUUUCAGUUUUUAGCAUAAGUUAUCCCUGCCCCUCAAAAUGUAUUACUUAAUUUUUGAUUUUCUGCUUUAAAUCCAAAUUCACUAUUUUUACUACUGGAAUUUAAAGACAGAAAAUUGUUGCCUCUUUUCUUUCUUAAUUUUGUCUAUAAACCUAAACAACAAUAAUAAUAAUACUAAUGUAUUUUAAUGUUUUAAGAAGAAUCUUAGUGCCUAAGUAUAUUAACUUCAAAAGAACUGAAAGCAAAAUUUUAAAAAUGUCUUGAAGACAUUAACAAAGUUGUUUUCAAUAAUACCAAAAUAUUAGAUUAAUUUUUACUGUGGUUAGGUGAAUGAAAUACAAAUAGAUAAAUAAUUAUAUAUAUAUAUAUUAAAUAUCUUAAUUUGCAUGAGUUUUAAUACAAGAAAAGUUAGAAUAACCAAACUUACCUAACAAGAAAAAGCAUUUUUAAUUUUAUAAAAUUUGCAAAAUAAAGCAUAUUAUAUAAAACAAUUUUUUGUUUUUAAUUGAUGAUAAUUAUUUACUAAGUACUAACAUAUUCGAUUCUGAACUCUUUGGAGAAGAUUCUGAGUUAGUUGUGUGGUAUAGCUGAAAGAAAAUAAAAGAAAAGAUGAUAUUCUUGACUCUAAGAAAGGAGGUAAGAGCUAAUGGAGCAUGCCUAGCACUGAUUUGGUAGCUGGUUGUAAAUGGUGAGCCUAUUCUUCUGUUGAAGAUCUGCAUACAUAUUUUGUCUAUGCAUGUGGAAACAUUACAUUUAUAAUAUUAAGGAAAUUUGUUUUCUUAUAAAACAUAAAAAAAAACACACAGAAAUCAAUAAAUAAUAAUUGCUUAAGGAAAGGUGGAGAAAAUAUGUUUUUUCUCUGUUCUACCUGCACAUCCUUGUCAAAUUCUUCAUCACAUAAAGAAGAAAUACAAAUAUUACAUGGAAAGCCACAACUAUAACCAAUAAAUGAAUCAUUAUCAUAACAGAAUAAUUUAUACAAUCCAGGAAUGAAAAAAAAAAAAUGGAAAGUAAAUAUUAAAAACCUUGCCAAAAGGUCAUCACCGAAUUGCAGGAAGAUAUUCUUCUUUGCGGUGAGUUUUUCAGGCAAAAUGGCAUUUCCGCUCAACGACAUGCGAAUGCCUGCAAUCACGGGAUUCAUUAGAACUGUAUCACAACUGAACUCUCAUCAGGUACCAGAUUUGGUUCUAAGCUUGACACUAGAAAUCUAGAUUACUAGAUUGUUAUUUUAUAGCUGAAACAGGAAAAAUUAAUAAACGUGAAUAAAUUAAUAUAAGUGAUUACUAAGUAAAGAAAUCAUGAGAUACUAAAUAUUA